CUCCACCCACGCGACGUUCAUUUGACGGCGCAAUCCCAAAUACCGCACGACGCCCUCGACAGCGGCCUUCUUUUCCUCCUUUUUCAUCUCUUCUCCCGCUUCCCUUCGCACCCCUGUCGAGAAGCGCACGGUUGCUGGUGAUAGCAGCAACCUGCCAACCUUGUUUAUCGUCCGUCUAGUCUUUCCUCUCCCGUCACUCUCCUUCACAACAGCAACAACAACAGUCAUUCGACAACCUUCCCAUUUGGGAUCUGAUCACUCGUUUUAUCUUUUCUCUCUCAGUUAUUUUUUUAUUUUAUUUUUUUAUUUUGAUUGUCCUAAGUCUGUCGCCAAUUGGCUGCUGCAAUUCGACAUCCACGUCCCUGCGACCACACCAACACGUUCAUUUUACACUCCCGCGCCCGGAUCGCGCACCAACGCCGAGAAGCUUGAAGACACUCGCUCAUAGUCAUUUGGAUAUCCAGUCAAGAGAACGGCAACAUCGACAACUGGGACCGGCUCGCCAGACCUCAACUCUGUGAAAACUAUACCAUACACGUUCUGUUUCCCCGUCGACAUGGGCUGUUUAUAGACAAUCCUCUUGGACCAACAACAACGUUCUUUUCCGCCAUUCGGUGCUUCACCUACCCAGGAACAGGUGGUCUUGCAUUGUCAUCACAGCAGCUGGUAAUGUGUUUUUUGUGAACCUUGAAUCUUUCGUUGAUCCAGUCAUUCGUUUAUCUUCAAAAUGGUAUCGCUAUUCGGUAUCAAGUUCGGCGACAAGAAAAAGGGGAAGCCCGAAAGAGCAGCGGCGGGGGACAACAGCUGUGCGGACUCUGAGAAAUCGGUAUCCCUGCAACGAGCCAUCACCAACGAAAGCAGCCGAUCCGAUGCAGCGGCAUCCCCGAUUCUUCCUCCGCCUGGCAUCGCUCCCUAUGCGCACGGCAUCGGCGCCCAAAACCACGCCACUUCGAGCAUGUCCAACCUUGCCGACCUGCAUAGCAACAACGCUUCCGGCGUCAAACACUAUGCCUCGGAUGCGAACCUGCGGGCCAAGUUUGGCGCCAUGAACGGGUCUGCGGCAAGCUUGGCACACGGCCCGGGUCCGGUUCUGUCGCCGCGCCCCCAAACUGCGAACGCCAAGAGCAAACCGUGGGACAAUUCUGACCUUCCCGAUAUUCCCACGAUAAAGAAGGCCUCUACCGCACCUGUCGCGCCCAAGUCCCCCUUGAAUCAGGUUGCCACGGAUUUUCCAGCCAUUCCCAUGAGCACCAACGUCGUUCACUCGCCAGUGGAGAGGAAGGUGGAGGCAGGUGUGAGACUGGUUCAGUCGGACGAUGAUGCGGAGGACGUGCAAGGGCCGAUUUCGAAAGACCAGCAAAUCCUCGAGCGAAAUGUUGGGGAGGAUAAAAUUUCGGACGAGAUGUCGCCCACUGAGCCUUUGGCAAGACCUCACUAUACGUCUCUGCUAGAUCCCCUCAAUGGGCCAGGCCCGGUUCUGAAGAAUAUCGACGAGAGACCCAGUAGCCGGGGCGGUAUGCAGGAUGCACCGGGCCCCGUGUUCAGAGGGAACAUUGAUGAAAGACCAGGUAGCCGAGGAGGAGUGCAUGGCGGGCCUGGUGGCCCUGGACCGGUGUUUCGAGGCAACAUCGACCAAAGACCGGGAAGUCGUGGUGGGAUGCACGAUGGUCCAGGUGGUCCCGCCCCAAUCUUUCGUGGUAACAUUGAUCAGAGACCCGGUAGCCGAGGUGGAAUGCCCAUGAGUGGCCCCAACGGACCGCCUCGCCCCUUUCCGGCUCCUGGCCAUGGUCCUCCUCGCCAUGGACCACCCACGCAUGGUCUUCCACAUCCACCCGCACCUCGCACAGGAGCUCCAGGACCCCGCGGACCCGGUCCCCAUCCGGGCCCUCACCCAGGACCUCCGCGCCAAGGCCCGCCUUACCGAGGACCGAUGCCGCAUCAGGGACCUCCUCAUCCGGGUACACCCAACCGAGGACCACCACGCCAGGGACCGCCUCCCCAUGGCAUUUCACCUCAGGGCACUCCCCGCCAAGGGUCUCCUCACCAGGGACCUCCUCGACACGGAUCUCCCCAUGGCGCUCCUUAUCGUGGAACUCCCCCUCCUCAUGGACCUCCACGCGGGCCCCUUCCCCAUGGGCCUCACCAGUCUGGCCCUCACUCUAGUCCUCAUGGUACUCCACAUGGACCUCCCGGCCCUCUGCGUCCCGGUCUUCGUGGCCCCCUUAUUCAAGGAUCACCCCGUCAAGGCCCUCCGCAUGGCGGUCCCACUCCGCUUUCUGCGCCCAACAAGCCGCUUCCUCAACAGCCAGGUGGACCUACACCUCUUUCCGCGCCCAACAAGCCACUACCUCAACAACCAGGCGUAGAUACUCGUGGUCCUCUGCCACACGGGCAUGCUACUUUGGGGGACCUCCCACGCCUGCAGAUUCCUGGUUUGCAUAGCCGUCCUCAAAGCCCCGCUGUGAGGGCUCUUGGCCCGGCCAAACGUAGCCAGGAGGAUGAAGCAAGUCCGAGAUGUAUUUCCAGACCGGAUGUAGUUCAGUCACCAAAGAGUAUAUCCGCGGCCGAAACCGGGAGUAACUCGCGCUCGCCCUCGCCUCCGGAAUCCAUCGCAGAACACCUGCUUGACGACGAUGAUUCGAUUUUCUCCAGGCCGAUAAUCAAGACCCUCGGAGCGAGACGUGACACCUUGACCGUCGUCUCCCCUCGAAGACAAAGUCUUUCGAUGAGGAUCGAAGAACUGGAGAGGAGCCUCAUCGGUGCCCAGAAAGGCCGAAGCCUGGACGACCAGCAACGUAGCUUUGACGACAAGAGCCUCAACUCCGCUAGCAACAUUUACAGCCAGUUACAUUUGUCGGAGGACGAAGACGAUGACGAGCCAAUUCUAUCAUCGAUCCAGCCUGCGCCGCUGCGUACUCCAACCAGAACCAGCGCGGCUAACCCGAUGGUCGCCGACAUGUUUUCCGAGUCACCGACCGCAGAAGACCCGCCAACUCCGAUUGCCAAGGACGAUCCUGAAACGCCCAUCAUCUCGAGCCAUCCCGGAUCAUUCAGCAGUGCGGGCGGUAGCGGCUAUGGAAUACCAACCCCGAGGAGAGGAGGGCCACCGGCAGCAGCUUUCAGAACUCGUCGUCCUGCUCUCGAAGAGUACAGUUUGUACAGCGGUCGAUCAACACCUGUUUCUCGCCCAGGAAGAUCGGACACAGCAUCCACAACCGGCGGCAACAUGAGCUCUCCGUACCCGGGCACCGCCGACAGUAGCACAUUCAACUCGCCCCAGCGAUCCAACACUCCGCAGCUCUGCCAUCCCCCUCCGCGACGUGACUUCAACCCGCCGACGCCGGCCCUGACUCCUGACCCGGAACCGCAUCGACCAGCCGUCAGCCCGCUCGCCAACGCCGGCUUCAACUUCGAUUUCGGCCCUACCGGCUCGAACCAAAACAUCAGCCCCAGCUCCACCUUUGGUGAUCCGACCUCCGCCUCGUCCCUUACAACCACGGGCCCACCAACGCCCGACUCCAUGAUCGGUCCCGGCCCCGCCAUCAUCUCGCCCCUGAAGCCCGCCCCGCCCGCCCCGCGCGCCUCGACCCUCAACCGGCCCCACAUACCCGCGCCGCUCAACUUCAACUUCAGUCCCGACGCCGACUCGCGUAGCACCACCAGCCCGCCUUCGCAGCACGACCAAAGCCAACAGGCCCCUUACACCCCACCACUCCGCAGGGCCACCACGCCCGCAAUCGACGGUACGUUUGAUGGACUUUACGAAGACGGCACGGACACAGGCAUAGGCACGAGACCGUCAACCGCAUUGGGCGCGCAUAGACCACCGCCCAUGACGCCCAUCUUUGGCCAACAUCCGCCCCGGGCGCCGAGUAGGGCACAGACGCCCAUGCUUGGUGGUGCAGACGAUGCAGCGGACCCUGAAGAAGUUGCAAGGGUGUUGGGCAUUGGGGUGGCGAGGGGUUUGAGUGUCAAGCAGCCGAAGCAGAGGGCGCCAGAACGGCCAACGGUGCCGAACCCAAGGUUGGUGGAUGGUUUUGGAACCGGCAUGUUUUAGCUGGCGGAGCUGCUUGACUUGGGGGAGGAUGUGGAAGAUGAGGGAAUUUUGAAGGGGUUUAAGUGGGAUUGGAGGGGAAGAGAGACUUGAACGUCUCGUACAUCUGCAUAUUUCUUCGCGUCAUCGUUUCGAUCAGCAACUGGAUGUUUGUUAGAAUGGCAGGGAUAGUGGGAAACUCUAGAAAGGAAGGUUUUGGUUUAUUGGACAUCGGCACAACAGAUAAGCAGCGAUCAGUGUAUAUAUAGUUCAUCUUGGAAUUUCUCAUAAUUGCAUAGCACCCUAGGAAUUUUCUUAUCUUUUUUUUUCGGGUUUGGACAAGUCUUUAAUUUCAAUCAUUUUGUUGAG